AUGGAAAAAAGCACACAUGAUCCAUCUAAUUGCAAUAAAAAGGACGUUAUAAAGCCAGCUAAACGAAAACGAUUAUCAAAUGUAAAAUAUAUUGACAGAGAUCCGAAAAUAUUCCAAAAAAAAUGUGAAAAAGUAGGCUGCCAAGUUCAAGUUCCAAUAUGCUUAAUUAGAGCCUCUGAAAAAUGUGCUGCCUUUACUAUAACUACUUCUAGAUGGUAUCAUAUAUCAUCUAGUGAACAUUUUUGCAAUAAAUGUUUUGAACAUUUUUAUCGAAAUACAAAAUCAGGGAACUCUAUUUACAAUGCAUGGAAAGAAAAGUGGGUUUCUAAUACACCAGCCCAACAAACCAUUAAAACUUUUAUGGCAGAUCAGAAGCUCCCUUAUUGGAUUCAAUGUAAAUUAAAUAAUUGUCUUAAAUGGAGGCAAAUAUCAAGUGAUUAUAAAGUUUCUAAUGACUUCAUAAAAUAUUACAAAUGUGGAUCUCAGAUACCUGCUGGCAAUGAGGAAUUUGUAGAUCAUUGUGCCACCCCUGAAGAUAAGAGUGUCAGUGAAGCCAUAAAAAGCGAUUGGUGGUCUACAUUGAAUGCAUAUCCAUUGCUCAAAGCAUGCCCGUCAGUCCCUUACCUAAUGCCAUAUUUUCCUGGUGGAGUUGAAUCGAGUCCUCUUAAUAAAAAUACCAUAUCAAACCAAAAGUCUGAAGAAUUUGAGAAUUUCUAUGUUAAUAAACUAUACUGCAAUCCGAAUAGGGCUCUUUGUGCUAGGCCUAACAUUCUAGAAAAUGAUGAAGUCAAGGAAUUUCCCCAAUUUGCUAAGGCGCCAGGUAUUUAUCUAGCUAUAAGAAGUCUACUCUUAAUGCUGUGGUACCGGAAACCAACAAAAAUGAUCGAUUGGCAAGAAUUGUACACCCACGUGAUUUGCAGAGGCCUGAUCCGAGUUCAUUUGGCCAGCGUUUCUCGUCUCAUUUUGGAGUUUAUCGCCCGAAAAGGACUCAUAAAUACGGCUUUAGAGACCCCGGAAAACCCGUUAUUGAAAGUGGAAUGGGAAACUCAUUUGGAGACGAGGGAUUCUAUCUGGGGAAGAAUGUUGGAGGAUCCAAGCUUAACUAAAGUUAAUCAUUCACCGGUGGCUGAAGAUUCAAAACUAAACUUCGAUCUCCUGAAUUGUAGUCAAAAAGCUUCAAAGCAAGCUUUGUUUACUCUUGACAAUUCCAGACCUACCGGUAACAAUACAGGAGUUAGUACUGUGAUGACUGGACUCCCUACAGCUACCGAUUUUAACAAACUGCUGAACACUGUAAAUUUGCUAAGCAAGCGCAUUGAUGCUAUUGAAUCCCACUCCUAUGGAAGAUCUAGCCUGUCCAGAUUACACGCCCCCAUUGCCUUCAUUGACUCCUCAGGUGAAGAUGAAUGUAUUGGUGCUCCCAGUAAUACCCUUGCACCAAUGCCAACAACCCUCAUGCCCUUAAACGUUUCCAAAUCAUCCUCUUUCCCACCUACUCCAUCCGAGAAAGUCGAUAAACUCAAGACAAUGCUUCGAGGUAUUGAAGACGACCUUGCCCAGCCCCAUUGCAAAGUCUCCCAGCGAGACCGCGCCGAAGUCAAAUUCCUUCAAAAGCUCGUGAAGCGGAUGAAUCUUGGCCAAGAUAUGGUCGUGAUUGAUAUCAUCACAGAAAGAGUAAGAAUUCUUAUGCUUGCAAUACAUUGGAAUUGGUCAACUAUCUUCGCCCAUGACUCAUCAUUCACAGCUAGAUUUCUUGGAGCUGAGGAUAUCAAACCCAUCACAGAGAAGCCCUUUCGUAAACCCCGCCGAUCAGUGCCAAGCAGUCGGCGGGAUAUCCCCAAGAAGGCGAUCUCCACUCGCGGUAAAAAGAGACCAGACACCCAACUGUUUUUGUCAGGGCCACCUAAAAACUUUUUCAAGGCUCCCAAUAUAACAUCCAGACAAUGUGUUACUGAUUCGAAUUUGUACCUUGAACUUCCAUCUUAUCCUCCGUCCUUAUGCUAUAUACGAUACUGUUGCACCCAGUGGAACUCCAUAGCACAGCUCCGUCGAACUCUUCUAGCUUCAAUUACAGCUCCCCUUUGCUCAUUGCUACAACUAAGUCAAAACUGGUUCCACAACUGUCCCUUUACCAAAACAUUGCCAUCAAACGCGAACCCUUUAUUAUACAAGUUGUGCAAGAAAUUUUUGAAGGACAUUUUGAGUAAGAUCUCGCUCAAAAAUUUGAAGAAGGGUGAUCCUUUCUCAACAUUUCAUAUUAAAUUAGAGGCGUAUUUCAUAUUGAACGAUAUAUCUGACAACGAGAAAAAAAGGGCAGCACUCGUAUCUGUAUCGUCCACCUACGACUUAAAUAAAGAAGAUAUAUCCUAUAUAUACUCGAUGGAUAUCAAAUCUUGUAAGGAAAAAUUCAAAGUCAAUCUAAGUAUAGAGGGUAAGAAAAUAAACAUGAUCCUAGAUACAGGAGCAUCAGUAUCAAUUAUUUCGUUGAAGACUUGGAAUACUAUCAACUCCGAUAAAAUGAUUCAUGAUUCGGGCACAAAAUUAAGGACGUACGAAGGUAACGAAAUAGCCAUUAUAGGUAGCGUGGACAUGAAAGUUCAAAUAAAAGAUAUCAUAAAAAAUCUACCUUUGUUAGGAAAAUUGAACAAUAUGGAAGUCCAUCUGAAUAUAAAAGACAAUGCGACCCCAAAUUUUUGUGCCCCUAGGAAAAUUUCAUAUGCUUUAGAAGAAAAGGUUGAUGAGGAACUAACAAAAUGGAUCGAAAACGACGUAAUAGAACCUAUAAAGUAUUCGGAAUGUGCCAAUCGUCUGAUAAUUAAGCCCAACGGGAGUAUAAGGCUUUGCGUAGACUACAAAAUAACUAUAAAUCUAUGGAUGAUAGCGGAUAUAUACCCUAUCCCUAGAAUACAGGAAAUAUUUAAUAAAUUAAGAAAAGGGGAAAAGUUUUCAACCAUUGACUUUUCAAAUGCAUACCACCAAAUAGUAAUAGAUUCUGAUUCGAGGAAGUAUUUAGCUAUUAACACUCAUAAAGGUCUGUUUCAAUUCAAAAGAAUGUUAUUUGGAAUAACUCCGGCGUCAGCAAUCCAAAUGACUAUGGACCUAAUUUUUGGGAAAAUGAUAGGAGUAGCAUACUAUAUUGACGAUUUAAUAAUCACAGGUUCUUCGGAUGAAGAUCAUCUAAAUAAUCUAGAAAAAGUAUUCCAACGAAUGUCGGAAUUCGGUCUAAUUAUGAAAAGAAAAGGUAACACUUUCCUAUGGACGGAAGAAUGCAGAUCAAGUAUGGAAAUUGUAAAGAAAUGUUUGACCAAUCCUCCAAUAAUCGUUCAUUUUGAUCCAGAUAAAGAGAUCCAACUCACUACGGAUGCAUCUAUAAAAGAUGUAGGAGCCGUACUAUCUCAUACCGAAAAAUGCAUCCGAGAAUCCCAUAGCUCCAACGGAGAGGCGGAACGGAUGGUGAGAACAGUUAAAACUGCCAUGGAGAAAAAUGCAACCAAUAACAAGUACAAUAAUUUAAACGAAUUCUUCUUUUUAGCUUAUAGAAACACCCAGCAUACGACUACGGGACAAAUCCCCGCACAGAUGAUAUUUGGACGGAAUGCUCGGAAUCAUCUCGAAAUGAUUAAAGAAACACAUUUGAGCAAACGAGACGAUACGCACGCAGAUCAAAGAGGUUCAUUUUUCAUGAUAGCACAAUCAGUAUGGACGAAAACUUAUAGUGACAAAAUUUACCGACCCGUGGUAGCAGAGUUAAUACUUUUAAACUGCUCGGUUAAAUUCACGAUGAAUAUUGAGAAAAACACACAUGGUGAGCCAUCGAAAUACAAUAAAAAGGACGAUAUUAAGCCAGCUAAACGUAAACGUUCCUCUAAUGUUAAAUAUGUUGAAAAGGAGCCAGAAAUACAUACAAAAAAAUGCGAAAAAACAGGCUGUAAAGUUCAAGUUCCAAUAUGCUUUGUUAGAGCUUCAGAGAAAUGCGCUUUAAAUGGGAAUACUUCUCGAUGGUAUCAUAUAUCAUCUGGAGAGCAUUUUUGCAAUGAAUGCUUUGAACAUUUUUAUCGAAAUACUAAAUCAGGUCAUUCUUUAUACAAUACAUGGAAAGAAAAGUGGGUAUCUAAUGCAUUAACCCAACCAUCUAUUCGAGCUUACAUGGCAGAUCAGAUGCUUCCAUAUUGGAUUCAAUGUACAUCUAAUAAUUGUCUCAAAUGGAGACAAAUAUCAAGAGAUUACAAAGUUACAAGUGACUUUAUAAAAAAUUACAAAUGCGGAUCUCACAUACCUGUUAACAAUAAGAAAUUUAUAGAUCAUUGUGCCACCCAAGAAGAUAAAAGGGUAAGUGAAGCCAUAGAAAGCUCUUGGUGGUCUACAUUGAAUACAUUGUCAUUGCUUAAAGACUGUCCUUCAGCCCCUUACCUUAUGUCCUAUUUUCCUGAUGGAGUUGGGUUGAGUCCUCUUAGUAAAAAUACUAUUCCAUCAGAGCAAAAGCCUGAGGUAUUUGAAAAUCCCUAUUUUAAACCCUUCUACAAUCCCAACGAAAUGGCAAGGGCUCUUUGUGUUAGGCCUGACAUUAUGGAAUACGACGAAGCUAAAGAAUUUCCGCAAUUUGUUAGGGUGCCAGCUAUUUACCUAGCUAUAAGAAACCUACUUUUAGUGCUCUGGUAUCGUGAACCAACUAAAGUUAUUGUCUGGUCCGAGUUGUAUACUCACGUGAUUUGUAGAGGUCUGAUGCGAGUUCAUUUGGCGGGUCUUUCCUGUCGCAUUUUGGAGUUCGCUACCCGAAAAGGACUCAUAAAUACGGGUUUACUGACCGCGGAUAGGCCGUUGUUGAAGUUAGACGGGAAUGAACGUGUCGUCGUUAUAGGGGCCGGUAUUGCCGGACUAGCGGCCGCGCGUCAAUUGCACAAUUUUGGAUACAAAGUUACGGUUUUGGAGGCGAGAGACUGUAUCGGAGGAAGAAUUUUGGACGAUUCAAGCCUGACGCGAGAUAAAUCUAUGCUGGUCGCUAAAGGUGCUAUGAUUGUCACCGGUCUCGUGAAUAACCCUUUCUCCCUCAUGGCCCACCAACUGGGAUCCGAUAUUGUUAGCUUCCAUAAGAUGGCUGAAAGAUGCCAAUUGCUCAAAUCGUCUACCGAUCAUUCGGAGAUGCUCUCAGAAAAUUUGGAGAAAGAAGUGGAAAAGCAUUUUAACUCCGUGUUAGAAGCGUUGUCGGAAUGGAGGAAAGGGAAGGAAGGGAUAGAUCGCACGCAGGAUAUAAGUCUAAUGGACAAACUCCUCCAAAUUCAUUCCAGCAUUCUUUCUAACUCUUCUUCGCGUUCCCCUUCCACGAAAAGCACCAAUCACUACGACCCAAUACGCCAAUCAAUAUUCGAUUUUCACUUAAGUAACUUGGAAUAUGCUUGUGGCUCAAACUUGCGGGGAGUAUCGGGUCUUCAGUGGGAUCAAAACGAGGCCUUCAGCCAAUUGGAAGGCAGUAACGCUCUCAUUUCACCCGGGUACUCAACUAUCGUCGAUAAAAUGGCCGAAGGAAUCGAUGUGUUGACGAAUCACGUGGUUAACAAAAUAGAUUAUUCGAACAAAUCUAAAAUCGUGGUUCAGACACUCGCAGGUGAACGCUUCGAAGCCAAUAAAGUGCUCGUGGCGGUUCCGCUUUCCGUCCUGAAAGAAGAAAGCUUAGGUUUCGAGCCUCGUCUCGAUGAGGUCAAGCGGAAUGCUUUGGAUCAAUUAGGAAACGGAGUCAUAGAAAAGAUCGUCAUAAAUUUUCCUACCAAAUUUUGGGCCAAUAGAAUAAAGGAACAACCCUGCUUCUUUGGUCGUGUCCGAAAAUCCGACGAAAGUGAUGCCGACGAAAGUAAGGAUAGGGGUUUAUUUUACGUUUUUUACGACAUGUCCUCAUCACCAGCUCCUAAUUCCCGCUCAUCUUUAAGUCGAACCCAAAGCGUAGAUUCAAGUCGCGGUAAUCGAGUGAAGAAGGAUGUUAAAAAUGUCGAAAUAAAUGAGAAUGCCAUGGAGGUAGACGAAACGAUGGAUAUCGAUGAUAAAAAGGAGACGGUGGCAAAAAAAGACUCUUCAACAAUCGCCAAUCUUAAUCAAACGGAAAAUGAAGAUCAUUUAUUGGUUUCUUUCGUCAGUGGUUCUGCCGUUGAUGUUAUAAACGAUCCUGAUAUAAGUGAAGCAUCCAUACUUAAGAUGUGUUUGCGAGAACUCAAGCUUAUGUUUCCAGAUGAAAUAAUUCCCGAACCAAAAUCCUAUUUCAUAACUCAUUGGCAAAAAGAGCCCCACAUUAAAAUGGCUUAUAGCUACAUUAAAGUGGGUGGUACGGGAAAGGCCUAUGAUACAUUAGCAGAAGAUAUCGAUGAUCGAAUAUUUUUUGCUGGAGAAUGUACAAAUAGACAUUUUCCUCUUACAGUCACCGGAGCUUAUCUUAGCGGAAUAUUACAGGCUAGUAGGAUGGCAUCACCUCCAGAUAUCAUCUAAUUUAUAAUUGAAUUUCCCUAUAAUUACAUUACCUUUUUUAUAACCAUUUUUCAUGUUUCAAUGUUGUUGAUAUAUGUAAUAUUGUCAAUUUUAUUUGGAAAAAAAAACAAUAUUUUUUAAUAUAUAUUUAAUAUAGUAUUAGUAAAUAGUGUAUAAUCGCGAAUAAUAAUUUCUCUUUUUAAAAAU